UUCGUAUUAUUUCGGCGAUGAUCGGAGGCGCGCGCUACUCGCUCGGGGGGGCCGCCAUUUUUCUCCAGUGAGGGAGAGAGUCGCUCGGCCGUGCUUCGCAAGCGUUCUCUGUUAAUUAUUACUUAUUUCGGUUGACAAUUGAGUGACUUUCGCGAGUGCGGGGUGUCGGGUGGGCGCGCGGGACCCUUGGGCCCAAAUUGUGCAACCAAAAGCCCAAAGUAACAAGAAAAACUCGGGUUAAACCGGGACCAAACACCGAAACGCCAAGUGCGCCCGACUAACAUUGUGUGCCGUGAUUCGAAGGGUGAUUCUCCAACGGCGAAAUAUUACACCGUCACUCAUCUCGGCGAAUGAUUGAUUCGUUAGAAAGAGGUGUAGUUCUGCAAAAAAUCGUGAUGCGUUGGAGGUUCGGCGGUCCCUGUCCAAAAACCGACCGGAAGUCAGCUUUGCAAAAACAGUUUGUGUGACAAAAACGAUUGAAAAGGACCAAAAACAAAACGAGAAAGACUAUCGUUACAGACUUUUGUUUAAAGAAACAUUAAACAGCUACAAAUUGAAUACUAAACCUCAAUUUAAAUCCAAGAAAAACGGCCGUUAUCCUGGAACUCCUGGUGACAGGAGUUUGGCAAACAUAAAGAAAGAGAAAUCGAAAAUAAAUAAAUAAAUAACAAUAGGGGGGGCUGUUUGACCGAUGGACAAGCGGAAGAUGAUGCCCAAACGCCCUCGUAUGGAGAACCUGCGGGGUCCAAUUGCUAAUGGACCCAUUCAGACACGACCGCUCGUGGCCCUUCUUGAUGGGCGAGACUGUUCCAUUGAAAUGCCUAUACUCAAAGAUGUUGCAACAGUGGCCUUCUGCGACGCUCAAUCCACUUCAGAGAUUCACGAAAAGGUAUUAAACGAAGCGGUGGGUGCGCUGAUGUGGCACACUAUCAUACUGACAAAGGAGGACCUCGAAAAAUUUAAAACUCUGCGUAUCAUUGUGAGGAUUGGAUCCGGAGUGGACAAUAUCGACGUUAAAGCAGCUGGCGAACUUGGAAUUGCUGUCUGCAAUGUACCUGGAUACGGGGUUGAAGAGGUUGCAGAUACUACUUUAUGUCUGAUUCUAAAUCUUUACCGACGUACCUAUUGGCUUGCAAACAUGGUUCGUGAAGGCAAGAAAUUCACAGGGCCUGAACAGGUGAGAGAGGCAGCGCAAGGAUGCGCAAGGAUACGUGGUGAUACACUCGGUAUCGUGGGGCUUGGUAGGAUUGGUUCGGCAGUUGCUCUACGUGCCAAAGCCUUUGGUUUCAAUGUCAUUUUCUAUGACCCAUACCUUCCUGAUGGCAUUGAAAAAUCUCUGGGUCUGACCAGGGUUUAUACAUUACAGGACCUUCUGUUUCAAUCAGACUGUGUAUCUCUACACUGUACCUUGAACGAACACAAUCAUCACCUAAUCAACGAAUUUACGAUUAAACAGAUGAGACCAGGAGCGUUUUUGGUCAACACAGCGCGAGGUGGCUUAGUUGAUGAUGAUGCGCUCGCAGCAGCACUUAAACAAGAGCGUAUUCGUGCUGCAGCGUUAGAUGUCCAUGAGAACGAACCCUACAAUGUCUUUCAGGGUCAGUCCGCCCAAUGUCCGUUGAAGGAUGCACCAAAUCUGUUGUGCACACCACAUGCUGCGUUCUAUAGUGACGCAAGCUGCACAGAACUUCGCGAAAUGGCUGCCAGUGAAAUACGACGUGCUAUUGUCGGUCGCAUUCCGGAUUGUCUACGCAACUGUGUGAAUAAGGAGUACUUCCUCUCAUCUACUGGUAGUUAUCCAGAAGGGAUUAACGGUGGUUACUACGCAGGAACUCUGCCUGUACAGCAAGCGCAUUCGACGACCCCUCAUGACUCGGCCCCGCCGCCUCCCAGUGGUCACUCAGUUGUCGGAGGGGGUGGAGGAGGCGGUGGGCCUAAUUCUUCCACAGGGGGCGGAGGUGGAGGUGGACCCACGGGACCAACUGGCCCCUCAGUCGGUGGCGGAGGUGCAGGAGGUCCAGCUUCCGCGCCUUCAGCCGGUGGGUUGCCCGUUCUACCCCACAGCAUAGUAAGCGAUCCUGACCCCCGACCUAGUCCCUCUGCCCCUAGCCCACGUUGACCUUGAACCCCUGAUCUUUGGAAUCCUCACACUCCACUUUGCUCUACCCUUUUCCCAUCCCAUCACAUUUCCUUAACCAAUUCACAUUGCCCCUGACCUUGACAAAAAAAAAAGAAAAAAAAAACGUGGAAAUCAUAACAUGAAAGAAAAAAAAAACAAGCAACAACAAAAGGGUUCUAUGCAAGGCAACCCCAUUCUUUCCAUUAUUUUUGAAAAAUUUUUCGUCAGCAAAAACAAAAUGAGAAAAAAAUUACUCAAACUACGUUAUUAUAAUAGCAUCUCUUUGUAGUUGCUGUUUACAUUUGUGGAUUUUUUGAUCUUUUAUUGCGCAUUGAAACGUACAACACCUCUCCUAGCCAAUCAGAACGUUAUAUGGAUCGGUACAUGACAAUUGCAACAAGUGUAGCUGUUUUAAUGGAAAUUCAAAUCGAUAGUAGCACAUUGAACAAGGAUGGGUGACUGACUGACAUAUAUCAUGCUUGCACCCAAUGAUAUUGUGUUUGCAAGAAUACAUUAUCAUCUGCCAAUUUGUUAUGUAUUGGGAUAUGUUUUAGCAUACAAUCAAAAUCCACUGACGUGUUUAUCAGUAACCAUUGUACUUUUGGAAACUCACAGGAGCAUCACGUAUUUUUCUAUAUCAAAAAUGUACCAUAUUAGGCAUUUUCGGCUUACAUGUUUGUGCUAUUUGCAAAUGGUUACUAAGCUUGGUAUGUAUUUUGUAAAUGGCCUAAAAGUUCUUGUCAAACAUUUACAAAUCAAUAUCGUUACUGCGCUGGUAUUUCAGAUGUUACACAGCACUAAUCCCAAUGUCUACCAAAUUUACUUACUUGUGGCACAUUCUGUACAAAAUUGAGGGAGAAAUUAAUUUGAAUACAAUUGUUGCGUAAAUACAAUUUUUUCUCAACUAAGAAGUUGAAUUGUGUGAAAAAUUUGAGAAAUGCAUGAUUAGUAUUUGUAUUUACAAACUUGAAACGUUUCGUUUUCUCAAAUUUAAGCCUGUGUAACAAAAAGAAGCUGUCAUAUGAAAAAAUGAUGUUAACAUUAUGACCUAUACCAAUUUUUACAGUAGUGUGGCUAUGCAGUUUCUGUAUUUCGAACAGGCAUAUUAUGUUUACUUCGAAAAUUUUAUAUACUGAGUAUUUACUUAAAGUUGUUACGGCUGAUUGGGGGCUGCACCGCAAAUGAAAAAAAUAUCGUAUUGAGGCGAAAAAAAAAGUUCCAAACUACAAAUACAGUUAAUUUUUUACUUGAAGAACAAAAUUUGUAAUUGAAUGAAACGUGAAAGCCUGUACGAAUUUUUUUUUUCCUUCCGUCAAUUCAAAGAUUGUGAGAUAAUUCUCGAAAAUAUUAGACCAUUCUAGUUUUUCACACCUGUAAAGUGCGUAAAGUCACAGCUACGGCAAGUCAAGUUGAUUAACUGUAGGGUUACGGAACAGCAGAACCAUGAAAAAUAGAGGUAAGGAUGCCGUGCACCAGGAUUCCAAAACGUCCGUGAAAUUGCAGUCAGGAGACGUUAUAAUUUUAUUCGCUUGCAGUGUGACUGCUGUUAGUCUAUGGAGCGUUGAUUGUCUGAUGGCCUCGAAUAUGAGCGAAACCGCGGUAGAUUCUAUAGCAAUUAUAAUAGCAGCUCAACAUUGUUCGGAAGAUUAAUAGCGUUCGGGCUGCACUCGGAAAAAAUAUAACCGCAUACUCGCUGCAAUUCUACCGGCGUUUGUCAUCAACCAUUAUCCACGAAGUUCAAUCGUUAAUAUCUCUAUUUUUCAUGAAAAGAACAUUGACCGAAAGCCAGAUUAAUCUCUAAAAUUUUCGAGUAUACAUCGAGAACUUUUGUGUCGAAGUAUUUCUUUUUUCUUCUGGCACUGAUACUAUAUAUAAAAAUAAAACAGCAACUUGUGCUUUUCGGUGAAUAUUAUCGAUUAAGAAUUUAAGCGAGAGAGCAAAAGUGAGAAAGAGAGAGAAAGUGAGAUCGCGAGAAAAUGAAUGAACGAGAGAGAACGAGAUAUAGAACAAGCAGAAACAAGUUUUAUUAAUUGAUAAUUAUAAUAUGAUUAAUUAUUAUAUUAAGUAAAGUAAUGCGAUAUUACGAACAGUUGAUUCUAUUAUCGAGAGGCAAAUCCAUGAAUAAAAAUGGAAAUUUUUUUUGAGAAUAAUUAUGGAAAGCGAUGAUAAUAAUAAUUGAAUAAAAAAGAAAAAAAAAUAUUAAAAAAUCUAUUUUAGAGACAUACACAUAUCUAUUCAGUUGUUUCGAUCUGUUUUUCAAUUUUAAUCACUGAAAUUAAAAUUAAUUCAUUUCCUAGGGUAGAUCAGCAAGAAAAUGUAGCAAUGUGAUAUGCCUCCAGAUUAUUUUUAUCUAUCUGGACUCUUUUUAGAAUUGAGCUAUCAAUGGCAGCUGCAAAGUACGUGAAUGCUUGAAGUAGAUCGACAUAUCGCGGUUUCAAAACAUAAAGUGCUAUUCUCAGAACACUAAAAGAGGUGUUUUCACCCAAAUCGGUAUCAAUUUAUGUUACAUGCUAGCUGGAAAUUAAUACCAAGCAGGAAUACCAACUUUGUUGAUGAGUGAGCUGUAAAAAUUUCGAGUAGCUACACGGAUAAAACAUUUGAUACCAACAAACGUUUUAUAAUAUGAAUUUUAUUCUUUCAUGUUGCUCUGUAUUUUCGGAAAAUUAAUCAUUUCGAAGUUAAUUGAACGAUUUGAUAGCUAUUGCGUUUUGAUUGAAAUUUCAGCAUGAUAAGUUGGUUUUAUUUCGAAACUUAAUGUGUAUAUUGUUGAUAUUUUCUAAGAAACUGUUUUACGUAAAUGAAGUACACUGAUAAGAAAUGAAAUCGGGAAUUAGCAGGUGCUCGAAACUUUACUUUAUGCUUUCAUAAAUUGGGGAAUACUAUCGACUUAACGAUGGAUGCGUAGAUGCUUAUCUGGAUGCUUAUCACUUAACAUAAUUCUGUUUAUCACGUAUACGUGGUAAACCUUGAGAAUAUCAUCAAUAGUAUUAUAAUGCAUUCAUAUAUUGUUGAAAUCUUGGAAAAAGUAUGACGAUCUCGACAACGGUUAUAAUUAGUUGUUAGUUCAAAGUAAAAGGUGUAAUUGUCAUUAUACUCGAUUGUCAAACUGAGUGUUAAAUAGAUAAGUUUGUAUUUAUGGUACGUGAUUAACAGAAUUCAACUCAUGUAGAUCCACCCUAUGUUAUACCUUUUUUUUCGACAAUUAGAGAAAAUGAUAAGAAAAAAACAAAUAAAAGCAAAAAAUAAUAAUAAAAUAAUAUCAUUCCAAGUGGCAUGAGAAUCUGACGCAAAAAAAAAAAUAAAAGUUUGACUAUGGAUAUACGAGGAGUUGUAGAAUGAAAUAAACUAUGAAGCAUCACACACAUAUACACACUCCUGGGACAUGCGUACACAGGUACACAGACACUCUCACACCCAUUCAUACCGUGAGACAGAGGCACAUAUACAUUUUUAAACGGAAAUUCACGACGUGCAGUCUGUGCGUGACGAGAUGGUCUCUGAAUCACAUGCUUAUUUAGAAAUCUAGAUGACAGGACCAACUUAUUACGUCAGAUCGGUACAAAGUUCGUAACGUAAAAACAUUAUACAUACAUUUUUGUUUCUUUUUUUUUUAAGUUUUUUUUUCAGAAUAUUAUUACUUAUAAAUACAUCAUUAUAUAUAGAAAGGAUUUCGCUAAGUGAAAACAUACAUUAAAAAACAAAGGAGUUGUUCUUAUUUUGAAUUGUAAAAAAAACGAAAGCAAAUUAAUAUGAAAAAAAAAACCUAAUUACAGUAAAUAAACUA